CAUGCCGUUCCACCCGGUGACAGCGGCAUUGAUGUACCGGGGCAUCUACACGGUGCCCAGUCUGCUGUCGGAGCAGCGCCCCGUGGACAUCCCGGAGGACGAGCUGGAGGAGAUCCGAGAGGCCUUCAAAGUCUUCGACCGGGACGGCAAUGGCUUCAUCUCCAAGCAGGAGCUGGGCACUGCCAUGCGCUCCCUGGGUUACAUGCCCAACGAGGUGGAGCUGGAGGUCAUCAUCCAGCGGCUGGACAUGGACGGGGACGGCCAAGUGGACUUUGAGGAGUUCGUGACUCUCCUGGGACCCAAGCUCUCCACCUCGGGGAUCCCGGAGAGGUUCCACGGCACCGACUUCGACACGGUCUUCUGGAAGUGUGACAUGCAGAAGCUGACAGUGGACGAACUGAAGCGUCUGCUCUACGACACCUUCUGCGAGCACCUGUCCAUGAAGGACAUCGAGAACAUCAUCAUGACGGAGGAGGAGAGCCACCUGGGCACGGCGGAGGAGUGCCCCGUGGACGUGGAGACCUGCUCCAACCAGCAGAUCCGCCAGACGUGCGUGCGCAAGAGCCUCAUCUGCGCCUUCGCCAUCGCCUUUGUCAUCAGCGUCAUGCUCAUCGCGGCCAACCAGGUGCUGCGCAGCGGCAUGAAGUAGCCGGGUGUGGGGGUGGCCUGUGCCCGGGCUCCCCACUGCCCCCGCCUCCGCCCCAGAGAUUCCCACCCCGCAGCCCUGGCCUUGCAUGGAGCCUCGGCCGCCUAUGGAGGGCCCCCCGCCUGCGCCCUCCCGCUGGCCUAGAUGUAGCGCCCUCCCCGUCGGGCCCUGAGGCAUCAGAGGGG